AUGCGGGCGGCGCGGGGUUGGCAGGCAGCAGUCAGUGCCGCGCCGCGCCCGAUCGCGCGUCUCCCGCGCGCCUUACGUAACGAUGGCCGCGCCGCUGCGGGGUGCGAGCUGAUGGGUACGCUCGCGUGGUGGCUGACGGGCUGGUGCCUGGCGCGCGCCGUCGCCGCCGGCAACCCGGACGCCAAGCGACUCUAUGACGACCUUCUCUCGAACUACAACAAGCUGGUGCGGCCUGUAGUCAACACUACCGACGUACUUCGCGUCUGCAUCAAGCUCAAGCUGAGCCAGCUCAUCGAUGUCAAUUUAAAGAACCAGAUAAUGACGACCAAUCUGUGGGUAGAACAGUCUUGGUACGACUACAAGCUGCGUUGGGAGCCGCGCGAGUACGGCGGCGUGCACAUGCUACACGUGCCAUCAGACCACAUCUGGAGGCCCGACAUCGUGCUCUACAAUAAUGCCGACGGCAACUUCGAGGUAACGUUGGCGACCAAGGCGACCAUCUACCACCAGGGAUUAGUCGAAUGGAAACCGCCCGCAAUUUACAAGUCCUCCUGUGAAAUAGACGUGGAAUAUUUUCCGUUCGACGAGCAAACGUGCGUCCUUAAGUUCGGUAGCUGGACGUACGACGGAUUCAAGGUCGAUCUACGGCAUAUGGACGAACAGGCCGGCAGCAAUGUGGUGUCAGUCGGAGUUGACCUCUCGGAGUUCUACAUGUCAGUUGAAUGGGAUAUACUAGAAGUACCCGCAGUCAGAAACGAGAAAUUUUACACGUGUUGUGAUGAGCCGUACUUGGAUAUAACGUUCAACAUCACGAUGAGGCGGAAAACACUUUUCUACACGGUUAACAUCAUUAUACCGUGCAUGGGCAUAUCUUUCCUCACCGUGCUCACAUUUUAUCUACCUUCAGACAGCGGAGAAAAGGUUACAUUAUCAAUAUCCAUCCUGAUCAGCCUGCACGUGUUCUUCCUACUGGUUGUGGAAAUCAUCCCGCCGACGUCUUUAGUAGUGCCGCUGCUUGGGAAGUACCUCAUAUUCGCUAUGAUACUCGUGUCUAUUAGUAUAUGUGUGACGGUGGUGGUGCUGAACGUGCACUUCCGGUCGCCGCAGACGCACCGCAUGGCGCCGUGGGUGAAGCGCGUUUUCAUACACAUCCUGCCUCGAUUGCUCUUCAUGAAAAGACCUCAGUACAAGUUCGACGCCAACAGGUCAAGAUACACGGCUUGCGGUGUGGUGGUUCGGUGCGGCGGCGCGGCGCGGCCCCUCUACCCGUACCGGCUGGCGGCGGCGGACGACGACUGCUGCGCGCCAGGCGCUUGGCCGCCGCCUGUCGUGCCGGCGCGCCCGCUCACACGCACACCCAGCAAGGAGGAUCUCACGCACACCACUUACGUCAAUUCUGGAAUGGGUGAGAGUAACCGUUUCGGCGGCAGCUGCGUGGUGCACGGUUCGGGUGAGGCCGGCGCCCUGGGUGUGGGGGGCCCGGGCUCCGAAGAGGAGGCGCUCAGUCCCGUGCCCGACCCUCCGCCCAGCUUCAGCCACUCCGCCUGCCCGCCUCAUAUGCACAAGACUUGCUUCUGCGUCCGCUUCAUUGCGGAACACACCAGAAUGCUAGAAGACUCUACUAAGGUGAAAGAAGAUUGGAAGUACGUAGCGAUGGUGCUCGACCGUCUGUUCCUGUGGAUCUUCACGCUGGCGGUGCUGGUUGGCACGGCGGGAAUCAUCCUGCAGGCGCCCACGCUGUACGACGACCGCGUGCCCAUCGACAAGCAAUUUAAUCAGAUCGCCACGUCAACGCUGGUGCGCUGCCCGCCGCCCUCGUAGACGUCGCGCCAUGUGCAGCGCCCCCAGACCACACUCUCACUACAAUUUGUUUGUUAUUCUACUCUCAUCAAAAGGUAAAGGUGAUUUUAUUUUGGAGUUCUAGU